AUGGUGUACAGCUACUCUAUUGUUUUUGAGACCGCAACGCAGCUUGAAGCGAUUGAGUUAGAGCAUCUACAGAAACAAGCCAAGGAAGAAAAGUUACGAGCCACAGCAACAAGAGAUUCAGAUAUAACUGGGGAAGAUACCAAGACUGAAGAAAUUUCAACUCGUGCUAUUCUUUCAGUUCCAGUUGACAAUUGGUGUAAAAUAGCCAUUUCUAACAAGAACAUCUUUUCCAAUUUUGAUUCUGUAAACACAACAUUAAAAAAGAAUCAACCAGUAAAAAUAACUAGUAACAACCAACAGCAUCAUAUCCACGACCCAGAACUUCAACAACACUUAUCACUUGACUGGAGAUUUGGGAAAAUUGAAAUCAGCGGCAUUGACAUGGAUAAAAUUCAAGCAUCUUCUCCUCCAUUAACCACAUCAGGGAAUGGAACUCCUGUUCCUGAAACAACACUUUUAGAUACCCAGCCAUUGGCUUUUGCAUCUCUUCCACCAUCUUCGCCACCUGCAGGGAGUAAUAAUGCACAAACAACACCACGACCUCGUUCAAAAAGUGUUAUUAUGAAUGCACGACCUGAUCUUUUAAAGGCCCGCUUUUUGGGAUACGGAGUAGUUAGGUUAUAUAGAGGAGAUGUUGACAGUGAUGAACAAGAGUAUCAGUAUUCUUCUUGCACCCGACAACCUAAAAACAAAACUCAGGCCAAGUCAGUUAAAUCAGAAGAAAAGGGGGAAGAGAAUAUUAGCACUAUUCUUGCGAUUCUUGCAGUCCCUUCGUACAUGACUCCCUGUGAUUUUAUUGGGUUUAUUGGGCCUAAUGCUCGUGAGAAUGUAUCACAUUUGCGAAUGGUAAGAACCGCACAGCCUAAUCGAUACCUUGUUCUUAUGAAGUUUCGGAAUACAGAGUUUGCGGCUCAGUUUUAUCGUGAUUACAAUGGGAAGUUAUUUAACUCCAUGGAAGCGGAGACGUGCCAGAUUGUGAGCGUGAAUCGGAUCGAAUUCCGCAACUAUAAUGGAGACGAAACACUUUUACGAGAACAGCGGAAACUUUCCAAGUCAUUUUCUCGGGAAUCAAGCGAAUUUCCUUAUUUGAUGGAGGAUCCCUUCACACAAGCAGCCAGAAAUGAGAGUGCUAUCGACGAAGAAGAUGAGGAAGAUAUUUACAGUGACCCCAAAAAGGAAGAAAAGUCUCGAGAUGGUCCAGGAGGAAGACGAAGUUUAACACAACCUCCAGCAAACAAACCGGCGCCACCUCCAACACCAAUAUUAACAGAGUUACCUACUUGUCCUGUAUGCUUGGAGCGUAUGGAUGCAGCGACAACUGGAUUACUUACUAUUCCAUGCCAACACACGUUCCAUUGUCAGUGCUUGUCGAAGUGGAAGGAUGGAAGCUGUCCUGUGUGCCGGUAUUCACAGCGAGGGUCUGCAAAAUCACGAGGCAGAUGUGCAGUUUGCCAGGCACGAGAAAAUUUAUGGAUAUGUUUAAUUUGCGGGCAUAUUGGGUGUGGUCGGUAUGAUAACGCUCAUGCAUUUGAUCAUUAUGAGGCUACAGGGCACUGUUAUGCCAUGGAUAUUGAGACGCAACGAGUGUGGGAUUAUCUUAGUGAUGGAUAUGUGCAUAGGCUAUUACAAAACCAGAAUGAUGGCAAGCUUGUGGAGCUUCCUGGGUUUUAUCCUGGAAGUUCUGGUAGUAGUAGUGGCGAGGGAGGAAGUGGGCCACCUGGGGUCUCACCAGGAGAAGCUUGGGGUCAUUCAGAUACUGGAGCAGCAUAUGACGUUGCGAACGCAGCAAUGAAGGCAGCAGAUAAUUCAGAUAAAAAGGUGAGCGAUAUGAGCAUUCAUUUCACACAAUUACUGUCGUCACAACUGGAAUCUCAGCGUGACUAUUAUGAGUCGUUGAUGGCCGCUUCAGCAGACAAGGCAGCGGCUGCGGUAUCGCGUGCAACGAAGCUUGAGCAAGAGAAUUCAAAGCUAGUUGAGGAAGCUGAAAAGUACGGCAAGAAGCGGGUUCCGGAACUUGAGCGAGAGCUUGAGAAGAUGCGACAGAGAGCAGAGAAGCUUCAUAAGUUGUGCACAAAGCUGGAGGGAUCGUACCGGGAGGAGAAGUUGAUUGGGGAAGAAACAAUUAAGAAACUGAAACGACUAGAGGAGGAAUCAGCAGCGCGGGACGCGGAAGUUGACGAGCUAAGGGAAACGGUACGAGACCUAAUGUUUUUCCAUGAAGCGCAAGCUAAGUUACAGAAUGCUGGAGAAGAUAUUCAGGAAGGGACCAUUAUUAUUCCAGAAAACCCACCGAUGAUUCGGAAAAAAGGAAAGAAGAGCCGAUAA